AAAAUUAUUUUCUUUCCCUUUGAAAUGGGCUAUAUAAAUACCAAGUCAGAGGUUGAAGAGGAGCCUACAAAAUAAAAUUAUAAGCUCAAAUUGCCUUUCAACAAGUUAGUGCAGACAUGAGAUCUCCAUCUGCCUUCUUCCUGCUUUUCUUGCUUUUCUUGCUUUUGAACCUCAGCAACGCGAGAAAAGAUCCAGAAGACUAUUGGAAGAAGGUAAUGAAAGGCGAGCCGAUGCCCAAAGCAAUUGAAGAACUUGUUCAUGGAAAUUCAGUGGCAUCCGAGAAGAAGUGGGAAGCAUCUUCUCACGAGGCUAUAAACGUGGCCCACUUCAAGAAGGAUUUCGACACGAGGCCUAUCGCGAUAAUUUAUCACAGACAUGAUGAGACUAAAAAAGCGAAGCCUCUUGUGAAGGACUUGAAUUUAGGACAUGGAAUUGAGUCUCAAGGGCAUAAAUCAGUUGUUAAGCCAUGAAAGAGAGCUUAGAACAGUAUAUGCAUAUAUAUAUAUAUAUGUCUGUGUGUGCGCGCGCGCGCGAGCGCAAUCAGAUGUGGGUUUGUUAUGUUUAUUAUGCCUUGUCCAUGUAGUGAGUCAGUGAUCAAUGUUUAUAAAAUUUAGUGUUUUGUUGAUCAAA